CAAGGCGGGGAAAGGCUCUGCGCCGGAAGUGGCUCCAGAAGUAAAUAAGCCCUGGGAAGCAGGAGAGUGGUUGUCUCCAUUUUGUCGGCGUCCGUUGUCUUUACGACGUUGUGGAGAUGGGGAGCGUCUUGGGGCUGUGCUCCAUGGCAAGCUGGAUACCAUGUUUAUGUGGCAGUGCCCCAUGUUUGCUGUGCCGAUGCUGUCCUAGUGGAAACAACUCCACUGUAACUAGGCUUAUCUAUGCGUUUUUCUUACUUAUUGGAGUGUGUGUAGCUUGUGUAAUGUUGAUACCAGGAAUGGAAGAACAACUGAAUAAGAUUCCUGGAUUUUGUGAGAACGAGAAAGGUGUUGUCCCUUGUAAUAUUCUGGUUGGCUAUAAAGCUGUAUACCGUUUGUGCUUUGGCUUGGCUAUGUUCUAUCUUCUUCUCUCUCUACUAAUGAUCAAAGUGAAGAGCAGCAGUGAUCCUAGAGCUGCAGUGCACAAUGGGUUCUGGUUCUUUAAAUUUGCUGCAGCUAUUGCAAUUAUUAUUGGGGCUUUCUUCAUUCCAGAAGGAACUUUUACAACUGUGUGGUUUUACGUAGGCAUGGCAGGUGCGUUUUGCUUCAUCCUCAUACAGCUAGUCUUACUUAUUGAUUUUGCCCAUUCAUGGAAUGAGUCAUGGGUUGAAAAAAUGGAAGAAGGAAACUCAAGAUGUUGGUAUGCAGCUCUGUUAUCAGCUACAGCUCUGAAUUAUCUACUGUCUUUAGUUGCUAUUGUUAUAUUCUUUGUUUACUACACUCAUCCAGCCAGUUGUACAGAAAAUAAAGUGUUCAUCAGUGUCAACAUGCUUCUCUGCCUUGGUGCCUCUGUAAUGUCUAUACUGCCAAAAAUCCAAGAGUCACAGCCAAGAUCUGGUUUGUUACAGUCAUCAGUGAUUACAGUCUACACAAUGUAUCUAACAUGGUCUGCUAUGACCAAUGAACCAGAAACAAAUUGCAACCCAAGUCUACUAAGCAUAAUUGGGUUCAAUACAACAAGCACUAUCCCAAAGGAGGGGCAGUCUGUCCAGUGGUGGCAUGCUCAAGGAAUUAUAGGACUAAUUUUCUUUUUAUUGUGUGUGUUUUAUUCAAGCAUCCGUACUUCAAACAAUAGUCAGGUCAAUAAACUGACUCUAACAAGUGAUGAGUCAACAUUAAUAGAAGAUGGUGGAGCCAGAAGUGAUGGUUCAUUAGAGGAUGGAGAUGACAUCCACCGGGCUGUGGAUAAUGAAAAGGAUGGUGUGACUUAUAGUUAUUCCUUCUUUCACUUCAUGCUUUUCCUGGCUUCACUUUAUAUCAUGAUGACCCUCACCAACUGGUACAGGUAUGAGCCUUCUCGUGAGAUGAGAAGUCAGUGGACAGCUGUCUGGGUGAAAAUCUCUUCUAGUUGGAUUGGCAUCGUACUGUACGUUUGGACACUGGUGGCCCCACUUGUUCUCACAAAUCGUGAUUUUGACUGAAUGGAACUUCUGGCAUGAAAGUCCCACUUUUAUCAUUGCUUAUUUGAAAUCAACAGUAUUUCCAACUUCUGUAAAGUGUAUGUGUGUGCUUCCCAUGUGAUUUAUCCAGUGUUCUGGCAUGAAUUAGAUUUUACUGCUUGCCAUUUUAUUAUAUUCUUGCCAAGUGCAUUGGUAUGUAUGUAGAAUGAAUCAGAAAGGGAGAUUUUUAUGGUAUGAUGGUGAGUUAGUAAAAGUGGACAUUGUUAGGUUUAUCUUUGCUCUAUACCUGUGAAAAUAAGAGUACAAACAAAAUUGCUUGACAGUUUUAUUUUUUAAUUAUGUUAAAACUUAAGCUGUUUUAGAAAGUGUAAAAGGAAAUGUAUGGCUUCCUUUUAAACUAUUUGAUGUCUUGUCCUACAGGAGACUACAAAGAAUGUGGCUAUUCUGAAAUUGUAUGAACAAGCCACUUAAAUGCCAGUUGUUUGAAAAAGUCUUUUCAGGUUUUUCCCUUGAUACGAAAAUAAGGACCGUAUUAUAUAUAGGUAAGGGAGUGUUUGGUAAACAAAAGUCAGAUGAGUGGUGGUGGGUACUAAACUGAAUACCCAGUUAGGUUGUAAUCUUCCCUGUAUAGGCUAGAUCACCCUCCAUGCCAACAUAGUGAAUUUGUUUUGGUCAUUGUAAACAUGUGCAAAUGUAUGGGUUCAGUACAGAUGUUAAGAAUUCUGAAGGAUUUAGACAAAGAUUUUGGAAAGCAUAAUCAUGGGUUGGAAGGAAGUUGCUGAAAACAUUUAGAAGUUUGUUUUGAAAACCCAGGUAGUAAACUUUUGACAGGACGGGAAAAAACUGCAAAAUACUAUAAGCUUCAGUAGAUACUUAGGUAAAUCUAAUCCAGUCCUCAUUUUAAAAAUGAAGAAACUGAAGCAUGGACUUAAAACAGCUCAGACAGCUACUCACUGGCAGAGUUGGGAAAUCCCAAGUCUGCCAAGAAUAGCAAGCAUUUUUUCUGGCAUUCAAAAAUAAUUUCUAUUCAAAAUACAUUUUACACUUCAUUAGUGGUAGAUGAUUUGUGUAAUGUGGAUUGCUGGUGUCCAGCAUGCUUUCUACCCAUAAACUGAGACCAGGAGAAUGAUAAAAUGCUGUAGACUCCUGCUUAUAGUACACUAUACAGUUCAAAAGAUGUUUAAAAUGCUUUUGUGUUUGUUGCCAUCUAAUUGUAAUAUGUUAUAAUCUUUCAAUCUAAAAAUCAAGCAGUAUGAUAACUCACUUAGAUACUCUUAGUUGUGUGUAUGUCUUUGUUUUAAAGAAUCUUAGUCUACAUUUGCUUUUCAGAUAUUUAUUAAUGUAAGUGAAAUAGAACAAUUCAACUUAAUCCCCCGACUUUGUUGUGUCUUGUUAUUGUAUUCCAUGAUUUUGAAUGGCUAUAUUCUAUCUAUAAAUAAAUGAAUUCAGAGAAAGUG